UAAUUUGUACAAUUUGCAUGAUUUCAAGGAGGUGUGGGAGAACGACUCUGCAUUUCUGCCUCAACUAGUCAGCGAUACGUCGUCAAGUUAAAAGGAAGGUGUAUUGGAGGUUGCACUGAUAGAGGAAGAAGAUGGUUAAUUCUACAGGAAAAAUCACUGACUCAGACCCUGGUCUGAUACUGAAUGGACUUGCCGAUAAGGCAGAGAAAAAUCCAGACACGGAACCCGAGAACAGCCUGUGUAACCACUAUGAGGAGAAGGUGCGCCCCUGCAUCGACCUCAUUGACUCCCUGCGGGCCCUGGGCGUGGAGCAGGACCUGGCCCUGCCCGCCAUCGCCGUCAUCGGGGACCAGAGCUCAGGCAAGAGCUCCGUGCUGGAGGCUCUGUCGGGGGUCGCUCUCCCCAGAGGCAGCGGGAUUGUUACAAGAUGUCCUCUGGUGCUGAAACUGAAGAAGGUCACGAACCAGGACGAGUGGAGGGGCAAAGUGAGUUACCAGGACUUCGAGAAGGAGAUUUCAGACCCCUCGGAGGUGGAAGCGGAAAUCAAUAAAGCCCAGAAUGCCAUUGCCGGGGAAGGACAGGGGAUCAGUCAUGAACUCAUCAACCUGGAGGUCAGCUCCUCUCACGUCCCGGAUCUGACCCUGAUAGACCUCCCUGGCAUCACCAGGGUGGCCGUGGGCAAUCAGCCGGCCGACAUUGGACGCCAGACCAAGCAGCUCAUCAGGAAGUACAUCCUCAGGCAGGAGACAAUCAACUUGGUGGUGGUCCCCUGCAACGUGGACAUCGCCACCACAGAGGCACUGAGCAUGGCUCAGGAGGUGGACCCCGACGGAGACAGGACCAUAGGAAUCUUGACAAAGCCUGACCUGGUGGACAGAGGUACCGAAAGCAAGGUGGUGGACGUGGCACAGAACCUUGUCUGUCACCUGAAGAAGGGCUACAUGAUUGUCAAGUGCCGGGGCCAGCAGGACAUCCAGGACCAGGUGACCCUGGCCGAGGCUCUGCAGAAAGAGAGAGACUUCUUUGAAGACCACCCACAUUUCAGGGUUCUCCUGGAGGAAGGAAGGGCCACAGUCCCCUGCCUGGCAGACAAGCUGACCUCCGAGCUCAUCAUGCACAUCUGUAAAACUCUGCCCCUGCUUGAAAAUCAGAUAAAGGAAAACCAUGAGAAAAUAACGGAGGAGUUACAGAAGUACGGCUCAGAUGUGCCCGAAGACGAGCACGAGAAGAUGUUUUUUCUGAUAGACAAAAUUAAUGCCUUUAGCCAUGACAUCAAGUCCUUGAUCGAAGGGGAGGAGUCUGUGGGAGAGAAUGAGAGUCGGCUUUUUACCAAAAUCCGGAAUGAGUUCCACAAAUGGAGCACUGUGAUUGAGAAGGCGUUCCAGAAAGGUUACAAAGCUAUAUAUAAACAAAUAGAGAAAUUUGAAAAUCGGUAUCGUGGCAGAGAGCUGCCAGGGUUUGUCAAUUACAAGACGUUUGAGAUUAUCAUAAAACAGCAAAUCAAAGAACUGGAGGAACCUGCUGUGGAUAUGCUACACACGGUAACGGAUAUGGUCCAGGCUGCCUUCACGGAUAUUUCGAAAGCAAACUUUGAUGAAUUUUUCAACCUCUACCGAACUACCAAGUCCAAAAUUGAGGACAUUAAAUUUGAGCUAGAAGAGGAAGCCGAGAAGUCCAUCCGCCUUCACUUCCAAAUGGAGCAGAUCGUCUACUGCCAGGACCAAGUGUACCAGCGGGCGCUGCAGAGGGUCCGAGAGAAGGAGUCGGAAGAGGGAAAGAAGAACCAAAAGAUAAACAGCAUGAUGACCACCGAAGAACUUUCUCUAGUAAACAUCUCCUUGUCUGAGAUCUUUGAGCAUCUGAUGGCGUACCGUCAGGAGGCCACCACGCGCAUCUCCAGCCACAUCCCACUGAUCAUCCAGUACUUCAUCCUGCAAGUGUACGAGCAGAAGCUGCAGAAGGCCAUGCUGCAGCUGCUCCAGGACAAGGACACCUACAACUGGCUCCUUAAGGAACGCAGUGACACCAGCGACAAGAGGAAGUUCCUGAAGGAGCGGCUGGCGCGGCUGGCCCAGGCUCGGCGCCGCCUGGCCAAGUUCCCCGGUUAAGGCGGCUCCUGGACCCGCUCGCGUCUCCAGGGCACCUCUGCCGAGAGCG